GUCAGAAAUCCCUUAAAAGGUUUUAUUUUACCAGUUGAUCUUUCAUACCACCUUGAAAAAGGCCAUAACCCAACCGAUAAACCCAAUUAUAUAAUUCCCAACUGGACAUUUGUUCCAUUUACACCUGCUGGUUAUCCUACUAUCAGAUAUCCUAAUUCUAACUAUGAAGAUCAAUAUGAUUUAUUAAAUAAAAAUGUCAACCAUGGUGUAAGAUCAGAUAAUUCAGAAGUGCCAAAUGUAGAUCCAGGACAUCCGAGUCCUUCUAAAAUUGCUGGAGGAUCACAUUUUGCAUCGCUUGAAACAACUCACGAUGCUUUUCAUAUAAUAUUCGGUGGUCCUGGAGGUCAUAUGGCAUAUCUAGAUAUAGCUUCAUUUGAUCCAAUGUUCUUUUUCCAUCAUGUAAAUGUGGAUCGUCUUUUUGCACUUUGGCAAGAAAUAUUUCCUGAUGGUUGGAUUCAACAAAAUAUUGAUUUCAACGGAACUUUUACAGAUGAAAUGUACACAACAGUAGAUGAAAAUACAGAUCUAACGCCAUUUAGAAAGACAAAAACAGAAUUCUGGAAAUCUUCAGAUGUUCGAGAUAUAGAAAGCCUUGGGUAUACAUACCCUCAAACGCAGAUUUUUCGUAAAAAACCGGGUAAAUUAGUUGGACCAUACGCUAUUAGAGUAUUUAUUGAUUUGAAAAAUGCGACUGCUCAGACACCAGUAACUUCACCUAAUUUUGCUGGUCUUGUUGCCAUGUGGCAAAAAAUUCGAAGGCAAAUAUACGAACCUGAUGGUGUUAAUGCUACGACAGGCUUAAUUGAUUCAAAAACGAUUUUUGACAUUAAAGCGGAUAUCAAUCUAGUUCCUAUUUUGUUAGAUGGUAAAGGAAUUAGUCCAAAAAAAGUUGGGGUUAAUAAGAUUGAAGUUUUUUCAUUCGAACACGACAAAGUUGGUAAAAAUUUCUUGGUCGAAAACACUGGUCAAUAUUAUGGCUCUAAAGAAUUUUAA